CCAUCACUAGUCAAUGUCAGAUUCACAGAUUGUCAGGGACAGGCGCAAAUUCACCGAAAAUCCGUCUGCCUAUCAGUAAUCAGGUAUUUUUCUAAUUCAUUCAAAGUUCAAAACUUCCCAGUGCGAAUUCCUGUUUCAAAACAUCCCAGUUAUUAGUGUUUAUGGAAAUAUCCGAAUAACAACGACUAUGGCGACCCCAGCAGACGUACGCUCUUUGUUCGAAGCUCGCUUAAAAGAAGGGGUCCCGAACCCACCAGGCGACUUCAACCCUGUGGAUUUGGAGCGAGUUAAGGACGACAACUACCUGAAGAGGCUGAUAGCCCACGACGACCACGAUGCUAAAGGCGCGGCUGACAUGCUCUGGGACCUUAUGCUGUGGCGGAAAACCGUCGGAGCUUCCGACCUUAACGAGACAAACAUCCGUCUAGACUACAUCAAGGAGGGGGCCAUUUUCCCCCACGGCCGUGACCUCGACGGCCACCUGCUGCUGAUUGUCAAGUCGAAACUGCAUGUCAAAGGUCAGAAAGACUUUGAGGAGCUGAAGAAAUGCAUCAUUUACUGGUUUGAUCGAGUUGAGAGGGAGGAGAAUGGGAAACCUAUCACUUUGUUCUUUGAUAUGGAUGGAUGCGGUCUGAGCAACCUUGACAUGGAGCUGAUCAAGUACUUCAUCCAGCUCAUGAAGCACUAUUACCCAUAUUUCCUUCACCAGAUCCUGGUUUUCCAAAUGCCUUGGGUCCUGUCCGCUGCCUUCAAGGUCAUCAAGUCUCUGUUGCCAGCGAAAGCCGUGGAAAUGAUGAAGUUUGUUAGUAAAGACAAUUUGAAGGAAUUGGUCAGUCCGGAUCAAGCCCUGACUUGCUGGGGCGGCAAUGAUGAUUAUACUUUCGAGUUUGUACCAGAGAGCAGAGGCAGUGGUGAGCAAACUCCCAAAAAGGUCACGUUUGCUGAGCAGCAGCCCGGGGACAACCAGCACUCGCCUGGAGAGAUGCUAAGAAUCAACCCCAAUGAUACAAUUGUUUUCAAGAGCGAAAAUGAUGAAAUAUCUGGCCAGUUCACUCUGACAAACAUGGACGAAAGUGCACUCUCAUUCAAGAUCAGAACAACGUCACCGGAGAAGUUCCGCGUCCGCCCCAGCUCUGGUGUCCUCACUACAGGAGCAUCGCAGACCGUGAACAUUGUGGUCCAGCCUGGCUUCCACUUACGAACAGUCACAAAAGACAGAUUCCUUGUCAUGUCAGUGCAAAUACCGAAGACAGACCUGUCUUCUAAGGAGCUUGCUGAAGUCUGGCAAAACUCAUCGGGCAGCAAAGUGGAUGAGUACAGGUUGAAGUGUCACUUUCCAGAGAAGGAUCUGCCGAAGAAUGGCAAUGUCGUUGACUACAGAAGCUCAGAGAAGCCGGAUUCGGUAACAAACUCCCUGAACAACCUGCAGAUGAACUAUGAAAUGUUGAACAAGAAUGUUAAGAUCCUGAAAAUGUACCAAAUAGCCACUCUGAUCCUCACUGCUAUUGCAGUGCUGCUGGGAUACCUCACGUACAAGAACUCCGCGAGCCUGGAGGACCGCUACUGUGAGAGGAUCUAGCCCAUGCGUCUGGUGCUCUUCGGCACCUCCUUAGACUAUGAUUUGGUGUUAUACGGUAUAACGUUCACGUCUUUCAUGUUAAAUGUGAUGACAUUUGUUAGAUACUGCAGGCUGAUGCAGAAGAUUGAGAAAAUGAGGCGUCAAGUUAUCAAAGAGUUGAAUCAAAAGAAUAGAACAUAAUCAUUGCGGUGUGAGUGAGAGGGUAGAUUUUCUAAGUGUUAAAUUGGUGUGAGAUAGUUCUAGUUUGUUAUGCUUUGCGAUCAAAAGUAUUCAGCACAAAAUCGUUUGGAUUAAAUAAAUAGCUUUAGUUGCCUAACCUUACAAAAUAGCAUCAUAGUGAUAAUUGUUUACCAACUUGUCUUCAAGGUUGUACCCACAUCACAUUUAGUCAUUUGAAGGUGUUGCAAUGAUGGUUACACACUUUACAUUAGUAAUGGCCUUGGGAUUAUCAUAAAAAUAUAGGUAUAUAAUAUUAUUUAAUCACAGAUUUGUAGGUAUUUAAGAUUAAUUAUUAAGUCAGAAUUCAGAAUUAAGGUGAAAAUUGGUAGUGAUGACCUGUCGCAGCAUCGUAACGGGUUUUUAUAGGAUAUAUUUGGCGGCAUGAUGCUCCACGACACAUUCAUAGAACUACAUAGAAACCAUUUGUGAUGCUGUGACACAUUGUCUCUGCCACCUCAUGUUGUCAGAAGCCUAUUGCCACCUUUAGAGGUUGAUUGAUCAAUUUAUUGUGUAGUUAAAUUAAAAGCCAUGACAAGGGAGAGAGUUAAUUACCUAAUCUGUUCUAUUGUGGUUUAAUAAUCAUUGUUCUCAUAAUAUUGGAGUCUUACUAUACCAUUACCAACUCUAAUGCAAAGGCGAUAAAGUUGAGAUCACAGUGCAUGACAUUUAAUUAGGGACAGUGUUUUGUUAUUCUUAGGAUUGAUUUUUCAAUGGUCAGAUAAAUGUUAUCUGGUGAAUAAAAUUGUUGCUGUCACCGUCUAAUACAAACUUGUUAUUCCUGUAAAAUACCUAUUUAAAUAAUAAAAUUUAAGGUACCUAGUACCUAAUCCACGUGCUACUUGACUUGGUAACAUAAUCAACUAUUAAUCCUUGAGCUGAUUAUGUAUUUUGGAUGAGUGUAAUAUGUUUGAUAAGAUUAAGAAUUAGUAAUUACAAUAAUUACAAAGAUAGGAGGAGAACAACGCAUUUGGUCUACUUCAUUUGUUUUGAGAUUAAUGGGAAUUUGUGGCCUAAAUUAACUUUUUUUGUUUUGGUUAGGUUUGAGAACUUUACAUUGUAGGUAUUCAUUAUGUUAUGUAUUGUAAGAAAGAAAGGCUGAGAUACCUGCCUUUUUCAAAAUUAUAUCUAAUAAACUAUAU